CUCAGAUCUCUUGUCCUGGCUGAGCACUGAGGAGGUUCUACCCCCUUUCUGCAGGUGUGUUAUCAGCAGCACCCACAAUUCAGUUUCCUCAGGCUCAUCAUAUAUCAUGCACCUGGAACCUCUUUCCCUGGAAUCUGCACAAAACCUGGCAGUCAUGUACCUAUCUCGCUAUACCAAGGUGACAGUGUGCUUUAAAUGUUGAGGCACGGGGAAAGUCAAUGGAGGAAAAAAAGAUCAAGAAUAGGGAAAUAAAUAAAAUAGUGGGAAGAUAGAAACACUAAUCAGAUGGUGAGAAAAAAAAAAGAAUCAGAAAAAGACGGUUUUGAAAACUGAUAUACAAUAGUGACCAAAGCCUGGGAAACUGAUCUGAAUUUCUUGAUAUGGGUAACUAGGUAAAGAGAUUCUGAUUACUGCUGAAAAUAGUUCAUCACAAUAGUAUAGAGAAGGGAAAUUUUAUUUAGCAAAACCAGUGAACAUUUUCAAUAAAUCAAUUAUAUAGUAUUGAAAAUACUGUCUUUCAUCUGUGGUGUGCAGGAACUGAGCUCAAAGCAGCUCCACCUGCUACUUCAGAAGACUUCUUCCCAGAAUCCUCUAUGGCUUACCAUGGCUUGUGAAGAGCUACGUGUUUUUGGGGAGUUUAAGAUGCUUACGCAGAAGAUUGCUGGAUUUCCUGACACAUUACAAGGAUUAUUAGAAAAUAUUAUCCAAAGGCUUGUCCAGGAAGACCAGAGUGCCCGAGUUAAGGAGGUGAAAAGACAGCUACAUUUUAUACAUGUUACACAUUUGCCUAUGUAACAUAUACACACGCUGUUUGCACACUAUGUUAUAGUGCAGGUUUAUAAGCAAUGUAACUGUUUUGCUGCAAAUGGAUAAGGAAACAUGCUUUCAGUGUAUGUAUGUGCAGUAUAUAUAUAUAUAUAUAUAUAUAUAUAUAUAUGUUUAUUUUUAAUAUAUUUCUUUUUGGUAGAUGCUGGUAUAACAAGUGGUUUUUCUUAUGAAUAUCUUUUUACAGUUGUUGUGUCUGUUAUAUUGCUGCUCAGAAAGUGUGGUGGAGAAGGACCUCCAGGGUUCCUUGUCUUAUUUAGAACGUGGUCCUGAGAUACCCAGCAUGCAUUGGGCCACACUACGCAGAACCAUAAAAUGUCUAAUUCGAGCAAGCCGAGAUCACAGAGGGAGGGACAAACUGAGUUUUUUCCAUGGUAGCGUGGCAAAGGUAACCAGCAAGUGCCAGUAAGAGAGUCAUAUGUUAAAAAAAAACAAUACAUAGGGAUUGAUAAAUGGCAUGCCUACUGUUUAGUAUUGUGGGUUAUAUAGUAUUGUGUAUAACUGGAGCAAAAAUGUUGACCCGUAUUUACUGUUUUAACUUAAAGGACGACUCUAGGCACCCAGACCACUUCAGCUUAAUGAAGUGGUCUGGGUGCCAGGUCCCACUAUGAUUAACCCCUUUUUUUUUAUAAACCUAGCAGUUUCAGAGAAACUGCUAUGUUUAUAAAUGGGUUAAUACAGCCUCCAAAUCCUCUAGUGGCUGUCUCAUUGACAGCCGCUAGAGGCGCUUGCGUGCUUCUCACUGUGAAAAUCACAGUGAGAACACGCAAGCGUCCAUAGGAAAGCAUUGUAAAUGCUUUCCUAUGAGACCAGCUGAAUGCGCGCGCAGCUCCUGCUGCGCAUGCGCAUUCAGCAAAAGAGGAGGAUCGGACACUGAGAGGAGGAGGAGAGCUCCCCGCCCGGCGCUGGAAUAAAGGUAAGUUCAACCCUUUUCCUCUCCAUCCAGCCCGGCGGGAGGGGGACCCUGAGGGUGGGAGCACCCUCAGGGCACUAUAGUGCCAGGAAAACGAGUAUGUUUUCCUGGCACUAUAGUGGUCCUUUAAAACCUAGCAUUUCCAGAUUACAUAUCAUUUGGCUAUGGAAACAUGUUCAAUUUAGAAUGAAUAGAUUGUAUUCUUCCUUGGGAGUUUCUAUAUUAUCUGUAUGUAUGUUAUGUCUGUAGUGAUUGUUAUGUAUUAACAAACUGUUCCUAUUAGUUACAUAGUUACAUAAGCUGAAAAUAGACAUGCAUCCAUCAAGUUCAGCCUUCCACACAUCUGUUUUUUUGCUGUUGAUCCAAAAAAAAAACAACAAAAAAAAGUUAGAAGCACUUCCAAUUUAGCAACAAACUUGGAAAAAAAUCUCCAGAAUGGCAUUUAGAUUUAUCUUUGGAUCAAGAAGCUAUUACCCUACAGCUGAAAAAUUAUAUAAUUGAAUAUUUUAUUUUUGCAAGUAGGCAUGUAGUUGCUGUUUAAACGUCUGUACAACCUCUGAUAAAACCACUUCUUCAGGCUAAGAAUUCCACAUCCUUAUUGUUCUUAAGGUAAAAUUAUAAAAAUAUGCAGUUUGUAAACUUAUCUUGCAUGAAGAAUACAUUUGAUCUUUUAUGUCUACAGGCAGUGGAGCAGAGUUUCUUGACAGCAGACACAUCCCGUCAGCCUUACCUCUGCAGCCUGUCUGAUUAUUAUGAGAACAUAUGUUCUGAUGACGCCACUGUGGUGUCCCAUUUGCCCCGUCUACUGCAGGAGGCUAAACUGAACAAUCGCCUGGUCCAGUUCUUGAGAAAGGAUCAACGUGCCAAGUCUAUCCAAGCUCACAUACGUGCUCAGUAUUUGAAGGUAACUGAACUGCAUUAAUUUACAUGUCUAAUUGCCUGAAGUUCACAAAGAAUCACUAUUAUUAUAAUAUCAUCUAAAAAAACAAAAAAGCAUUGCUUGCCUACAUUCCCACACAGUUAAUAUUCAUCAACAGCAUAGUUUUUCUCCGAGGCCCUCUACAGCAUUCAAUCUUUGUGACAAAUUUGCAAUUCACAACUUCCGGUUCCGCCAUCUUAGCUGGACACGUUUUACCUCCACUCCAUCAUCUGAUUUCACAAUCUGCUUCCAUCCAGUGUUGACGAAAGCAUAAUUUUGUAGUUUCUGGCCUAUAUUGCAUGCCUAAUGGACUCUGCGGUCGAUCCGCAUUUGUAGUCUGUGCUCACCCUUCAUCACUGCAGGUGCAAAUUGACGGAAGUCGAGGCCUGUGGGGUAGGCCUCAACCUUUAGCGUAGGGUACGGAGGCAGUGGGCACACAAUCCUGGGCCAAAUCUACCAAAUCUAUCAUGAUUGUACUGCCAAUGCAUCUAUUUCUGACAAGGAGCACAUAAUAAUCGCGAUAGGUACUACACCAUCAUCGACUACCUGUAUUACGAGUGGUUCAUCUCACAUACCAGGUUUAUUGUGAUCCAUUGCUCACACACUGUAAAUAUCGACCAAUCUGUCCUCAAAGUAUGUUAUCCUGCCCAGGCCACUCUAAGAUUUUCCAGAGCUUAGCGCUUUAAGGCACUCUUUGAAGGAUACUCCUCAUCAAUACAGCUUUAUAUAUUCUCAAUUGCCUUCUCACACCAGCAAUCUCCACCACUAGCUCAUGUGCAUACUUUAGUUAUUUAUGCUUUGUUUUCAUUUUAUUUUUGCCUGCAACUUAACAUCCACGUGCUUGCAUAGAACACGCAUAACUGUGCUCAGCUGGGCCUGCUCCUCACUCAUACCAUUAAACCUGCCCAGCAACUCUGGCUGCAGUAAGAUUUAUUCACACAGGCUUCCAUCGUCCCUUGUGUAAUUUUUCCAAAGGUUUACCAGAUUGGUCAAACGCAGCCUCAUUACAAUCCUAGCUGACAUAUUCUCACAGGUUGUUCCUACAUACAUCAAAAUAUUAGUCUGUGGCUCCACUCAAGCAGGUGUGUAUACUGUGGUUGACCAUUUGUUGUGGUUUUUACCUUCCAUUAAAAACUGGUGCUCAGGCAACACUGUCGGAUAGACCCAUCACACUCAGACCAUCACCAGCUAUCACCAGCUUGUGCCUCCACUAAUGCAUAAUUUUCUCAGGAGGGAUACCACAGGUGAACCUGUGCAAGAGUGGCUACAUCUGACCACCGGGCAAUUUUAGCUGACAAGUACCCAAUACUCUAUCAAUGUGCCAAUCUAAGUACUAACCAACACAUUCUAUAUUCAUAUAAUCUCUUAAAGCUACAACCAUGCUCUAACCAAAUAACCUCACUUGCUGGUCCUCAAUUCUCGACCUGACCACUACUCAACAUCACUUAUUGUACACUGAGAGUCUAUUUCUAGGUGGUCUCGGUCAACAUCUAUAUGACUACAUAAUCCAAUUAGGGACUUGUUGGUGAUCUAUUAUGUUUAGGAGAUUGAGGUGAAGAAUGUGAUCGUACAAAUCUGCCUAACUUACAACAUUUACCUAGUUACUCUGAAUAUUUAGCUUACCUAAUUCCUGGCAGCUACUACUGUACUCCCUCUCUACUCUUUUCUAUAUUGCUAAUCCUCUUCUGCCAAAUCUCUGUCUAUCAAACUCAACUCACUGGGGCUAUCACACCCGUUAUAGUUCUAGCACGACAUUUUUUUGCAGAUCGCUUACACUCCCUUUCACAUACUGAUUCUACUACAUCUCACUCACUAUCCUAGGCCAGGGAUGAUCACAAAGGACAUUUGUACUCUCAGACCAGACCACACAUUCUCAAUACACAACUGAAUCAAAGAGCACCUUCUCAGCCAACCUGCAAUCAACCUCCUAUCAACUCACAUCCUUUUCAAACACCCAACAAAAACUCACAUCAUCCCAUAUCGCUUGACAUCACGCUUACAUUUGAUUUCGCUUUUCUCUUCCUUUCCCUUUCUUCCUUUUCUCUUUUUCUUAUACCCUUUAUUUCUUUGUUAUGGAUAAAUUCAUAGACAAAACGCUUUCCUCAAAGCAAGAUAUAAGGACCAACCAAUAAACAACAUCUCAAAGAACCGCCACCACCCUCUACUCUUGCCCUUUGUUUUCAAGACUCGGAUUCAGAUGAACAUUUUUCUCAAUUUCUUUCUGUUUCCACUCUCAUUUCACAACAAGCCUCAGAAACAUCUUGUGAGGUCUCCAACCUUCCUAAACCAAUCUUUGAAUCCAAAUUCAAGGACAUUAAAGAAUCUAUUGAUAGUGCAGUCAAUCUACUUCAAACUCAUACCUUCCAAACUACUCAGUUGGAAACUCGACAGAACACAACUGAAGAAGAAUUACACCAACUGUAAUCCACGAUAAGACAGCAACAAACUGGCUGAUCUUGAAAACUGCAGUAGAAGAAACAAUUUACCAUCUGUUGGCUUUCCAGAAUCCUUGAAAACAGGUGAUUUUAUUUCUACUGUUGAGACCUAGUUACUGGAUAUUCUCCAAAUAGCCACCACAUCCACUUCCUUUCUUACCAUCGAGUGGACUUGGCCCAGAAAGAUCUGAUAAAACCUCCAAACAACGAGCCAUUGUAGCAAAGUUUUUGAACUUCAACAACACUGUACGCAUUCUUACAGCUUAUAAGGAAACCUAUCAAGAUAACAAAAUCUUCAUCUUUAAAGAUCACUCGGCACAGGUCACCCAAAGAUGCCGAGCAUUGACCAAUUUGUUCAGCACUUCACAACCAAAUGUAUCCUGCUACAUUACGCCUAAGCAUCGCAAACCGUUCUCUCUCCACCACAUCCGUGUAAGAAGCAACAGCCUUCCUAAACAAUGUUCUACUAAUUGAUAAUUUUUUUUGCCAAUGCCCUCAGCCCAUUCUUCACCUACUAGGGAAGAGUAGUAAUUCCCACAUGUCACUUCUUCUUGGUUCAGGUUUUUGUAUAUGCCUUCUAAAUAGCCCAUAAAUUCCACCAGACGUGGCAAUUUACAUCUCCACCCAGGACCAUUUAUUUCAGUCUAAAAUCAGAGCAACACUGAAGUACCCAGCAUGGUUCUCAGCAGAGCUGGUAGUGUGUUGUGACCCAUUACAAAAUAUAUCUUAAGAUAUCAGUUAUCCAUACGGUCUUUAUGGUCGUUGGAAUGAUGGGGGGCACGUUUAUUAUGUUUUUAGAGUUUAAUUACUUUGUUACAUAACCAAACAAGUUUUGGCUUAUGGUUUGGUGCUCCAACUCUUGAUCUUAGUGAUGGCCCCACACCCCAAGACAAUAUUUUCACAGUAAGUAGUUCUCUUCCUCAAAAGAGAAGACAGGGCAAAAGGGGGGGGGGGCUUUGGUUGGGCAGUGUUUCACUGUUAUUGUGUAAGGGUUACAACUCUUUUCCUUUGUAAUAGAGAAUUUUUAAUAUUUGAAAUGUUUGGAAUGUAGAAUGAUGAAUGACAUGUAAGCUUAACUUUUCAUAGUGGUUAUUUACUGCAUGUUAUCAGUGUAAUUGCUUAUAUAUGACAUACCUAUUAAAAAUUACUUUUCAAAAAAUAAAUAAAUUACCAGCCGUUUUAUUGGGUGUUGAUAGUGGAGAUGAUGAUCUCAUUGACUCUUUAUGGUGUCUAUGUUUUGGGCAGGGUCUACGUUGCUCUAUGAUGUGCAGGGAAGGAUUUCCCAGGAAGCCAGCAAUGAUCUGUGCAUUUUGUUCUCUAAAGUCUGGUGCAUUUGGACAGGUGAGUUAAAUGUAUGAAACUUGUGUUUUACUGCAUUAAAACUCUAUUCUUACCUUUCUUUCAAAGAACCUGUCACCUAAUGCAUGGUUUCAUCAGGAUAGUCUGUUACUUUUCAUCCUAAGGGUGCGGAGUGUCUUGAUGAUCAAAUACCGAUUUCAGUUGUAAUGGUGAUUAUAAUAAACAAUUUCUGUGUACUGAUCCAUUUCUGCUUGGCUUGACCACUUAUAGCUUUCUUUACCUGUGCAGGCUAAAAUAAGUUAUUGGUAGCAACAAAGAUUCUGUAUUCAUCAUUUGUUACUUUUUAUUUUUCCCUGUCCUCGUUCUUUCUUUCUUGGUCAAUUCUUUUCAAAUUUGUCUUCACUUUGUAACUGUUGCUUGCUGUGUGUUUUUCUGCCCUUAUCUCACUUUUGUUGUUUACUUUAUUACCUUUCCCAUUCCUCUUCAAGCAAAUCCUAUUUGUAAUAUCUGUGUUUUCGUUAUAGUUUUUUCCCAACAGCCAGAGCUGUGCUGUGUGUGGUUCACAUGCUGCCUAUAUGGGUAAAGAGGCCUUUCAGUGUCCUCAACACUACAGGUAACAACAGGACUUUUCCUCAGCAAGACAUUUCCAACCCUAUACCUUUUUUUUUUUUUUUUUAACAUAUUCUCUCUUUCUAGCCAUGGAAGAAAUGAUUGUCUGGUUUGUAAAAAUAUCAUCCUGGGCCCACAGUCUCCAAUGCCAGCCUUGCUGUGUAACACAUGUGGCUUCUUACAAACUUGUAUUGCUCUCAAGACAUAACUCGCUCUUUUAUUCUUUGAAUGUUUGAUAGUGAAUUGAACUCUUGACUUCAACAAUAACCACAAUUUCAGAUGCGUCAACUGAUAUUUAAUGCAUAUAACUGUAACUCCUUUUUUAAUAUUGUAUUUUUAAUCUUUACUCUGUC